AUGGAAAAGUUAGCACAGAUAUAUGUCUCAGAAAUAAUUAGACUUCAUGGAACCCUGAUAAGUAUAGUCUCAGAUCGUGAUCCCAGGUUCACAUCAGGAUUUUGGAAAUCGUUACAAGAGGUAUCUCCUACUACCGGUAUUGGUAGAUCCAUUAAAGCUAAAAAGUUGAUACCCAGAUAUAUCGGAUUGUACGAAAUCCUAGAAAGAAUUGGGUCAAUAGCCUACCGCAUUGCACUACCUCCACACUUGUCAAAGGUACAUGAUGUAUUCCAUGUCUCCCAAUCGAAGAAAUACCAGCCGGACCCAUCACAUAUUAUAGAAUUAGAAGAGGUGGAACUACGAGAAGACUUGACUUAUAAAGCAGAACCAGAGAGAAUCCUUGAUGUCAAGGACAAGGAAUUGCGGAAUAAGACUACUAGACUCCUCAAAGUCUUCUGGAAGGGCAUGUCACAUGGGGAUACUACUUAG